CAUUGCGUUUGACAGCUUCGAAUUUGUUCGGCGGUCGUACUCGCUGACCUUACGAACCGAGAUAAAUAAACUUAUUUUUUAACUGUGCGUCGGCGAGAUAACUCGCCCGUAUAUUGCGACCCAGACCUAUCUAUUGUUCAGUGAAAAUGUCUAGCGUUGUUACUGUUAGUACAACGCCUUUUGAAGGGCAAAAGCCGGGUACUAGUGGUUUACGUAAAAAAGUCAAAGUUUUUCUGCAAGAAAACUACACAGAAAACUUUAUCCAGAGUAUUUUGGACGCUAACAAGGAUAGUAUCGUGGGUUCCACGCUCGUGGUGGGCGGAGAUGGAAGAUACCUUGUUAAAGAAGUCGUGGAUAAAAUCAUAAAAAUCAGCGCUGGAAACGGGGUUGGCAAACUAUUAGUGGGCCAAAACGGCAUCCUUUCCACUCCAGCAGUGUCAUGCAUCAUCAGAAAGUACAAUACUCUUGGAGGCAUAGUCCUAACCGCCUCCCACAACCCUGGCGGCAUCAACAAUGACUUCGGCAUCAAGUUUAACUGCAGCAAUGGCGGGCCAGCCCCUGAUCACACCACCAACGAGAUUCAUGCGCUCACCACCACCAUCAAGGAGUAUAAGACGGUUCCGGACCUUAACUGCCCUGUUGAUAAAACUGGCGUCUUUAACUUUACCGUGGGCAGCAAACCAUUCGUGGUGGAGGUCAUCGACCCCGUCCAGGACUACGUGAGCUACAUGAAGGAGAUCUUCGACUUCCCGAAGAUUAAGUCGCUCAUACAAGGCACCGAGCAGAGGAAACCAUUCAAUGUACUCAUUGACUCUAUGAGCGGAGUAACCGGGCCAUACGUGCAAGCCAUCUUUGUGGAUGAGCUCGGCGCGUCGGUCAGCAACGUGCGCCGCGUGACGCCGCUGGAGGACUUCGGCGGCGCGCACCCCGACCCCAACCUGACGUACGCCGCCGACCUGGUCGCGGCCGUCAAGGGAGGGGACUAUGAUUUAGGGGCCGCUUUUGAUGGCGAUGGCGACCGCAACAUGAUCAUAGGCCGUGGCGCCCUCUUCGUGACUCCAUCUGACUCUUUGGCCGUACUGGCUGCGCAUGCGGCUCUGAUUCCUUAUUUCCAACGUAACGGAGUCAAGGGCUUCGCUCGCUCCAUGCCCACCGCCGCCGCCGUCGACCGCGUCGCCAAGGACUUGGGGAAAGAGAUCUUUGAAGUGCCUACUGGUUGGAAAUACUUCGGCAACCUAAUGGACGCCGGUCGCCUCUCCCUCUGCGGCGAGGAGAGCUUUGGCACCGGCUCAGACCACGUGCGAGAAAAGGACGGACUAUGGGCCGCUCUCGCUUGGCUGUCAGUCAUCGCUGUCACCGGCAAAUCGGUUGAGGAGAUACUGAAGGAACACUGGGCCAAAUACGGGAGGAACUACUUUACUAGAUACGACUACGAAGAAUGCGCAAGCAACCCUUGCAACGAGAUGAUGACCGCCCUUGAGCAACGCAUGACCUCUCCCGGCUUCGUCGGGUCAUCUCACACGGCUGGCUCCAAGACUUAUGUAGUCAAAGUGGCUGAUAACUUCUCCUACAUGGACCCUAUCGACCGUAGCGUGGCUAUGAAACAGGGUCUGAGGAUUAUCUUCGAAGACGGGUCUCGCAUCGUGCUGCGUCUGAGUGGAACCGGCAGCUCCGGAGCUACUGUCAGACUGUACAUCGACUCGUACGAAGCCAAGGACGUGCUAGGCGACGCGCAGGUGAUGCUCCGCCCGCUGAUCGAGGUGGCGCUGCAGCUCUCCCAACUUCAAAAGUACACCGGCCGGGACGCCCCCACCGUCAUCACAUAAGGCGCCAUCUAUCGUCGCGGUUGCAAACGUGCCGCAGAAAUGGUAAACCCAUAGACAUCCUUAAUACAGCCAAAGAGAAUUUAGUAUAGAGGGGGAUUGUCAAAUUAAAUUUUGUAGUCACAGUAAAUUUACUGCCAUCUUUCGACAGAUGAUUGAAACUUUUAGAACGCCUUUGAUCCUUGUUCUUUCACUGAUAAAUAAAUAAAUAAAUAUUAUAUGACAAUUUUACAUAGAUACAAACACACACACACACACACACACACACACUGAUAUGUGUUAAAUUUGUUAAAUAUCAAAAAGUAUCGCCAUCUACUCAAGUAUAGGCCAAAGGUAUGCCAUCUUUUCGAGCGAUGGCACUAUACCUUUGGCCUAUUCUCGUGCGAAAAAAUACGAACAAAAGUCAAAUGGCGUUCUAAAAGUUUUAAUCAUCUGCCGAAAGAUGGCAGUAACUGUGACUACAAAAUUUACUAUGACAACAACUCUCUAUACACUCUAUUCUCUUUGAUACAGCUAUGUAAAGUUAAACGACCAGGCCGUCAUUGUUUAUUUCUAAAUACAGAUUCGAAACAAACUUUAUACAUAUCUGUAACAAAUAACCGUCAAAAAUAUUUUACAGUACAUAUGGUCCUAUUUUCCCGCACUAGUGCGUAAAAUAGCACUUUUCGUGCGAUGUCAAAAGUUUAAAGGGCCAUAUGUACUGUAAAACGUUGUACGAUACACGUGCGAAUAGGUAAUUCGCAACUCGUGUCGAUUUAAAACACUCCUUUCGGUCGUGUUUUAAUUUAUCGCCACUCGUUUCGAAUUUCCUCUUUUACGCACUUGUAUCGUAAAUAACUAUUUUGAUACACGCUUUUAUUGCUGACUGUACUUUCUCUCCUUUGAAUGUCUAUCAAGUACUUCUCGAGACCUUUCAAAAGAGCCUAAACUCAAUGUGUUUAUGUUUUUCCAUCAAAGAGUUCCUUUAGUUAUCUUCCGACUGCAUCAUCAGAUCAGCUCCAUGUUAGCUUAUUAUUGCAUUGUCAUCGGAAAUAUGGAAGUAUGCGAAAUUUCAGCUCAAUCAGACACCCGGAAGUAGUUCAAAUUUGAGUUACAACAUUUGAAGCACCAUAUACAGGAUGAAAUUUAAUUCACUGGCCAAAUUGAAACACCCGAAAGAACUGGAAAAAAUAUUAAACACGUGUUUUUUCUUUUAAUACCGCUCAGUACAUUUUUUUCGAAAUAACUCAUCAUCAAGCUAGCGCGGAAUGGUUUAGACUACCCUCGAAAUUGAUAAACCUGCCUACCAUCGCCAACACUAACUAGGUGGACCCUAUUGCAACGAUUAUAAGGUUUAGUGAAGGUCAGAUAAGGGUUUUGCUGAUGUUGUUGUUAAAACCUACUAUUAGGUUUGUUUACAUUUGUGGUAAUAGGGUGACCACGACUCGUGGAAAAUAUUUAAAAAUUGAAAAAUGAAAAUUAAAAAAAAAUGUACUCUUUUUUUUCGCUAAAUAGAUUCUUUAAGUGUAACCUAUGCCUGGAAUGAAUAUGGCCAGUGAUUUAAAUUUCACCCUGUAUACAAAGAGAUAUACGCAGUGAAGCUAAAUAAAAGUGUGUAAAAAGAUGGAUUGCACAGAGGGGCUACCGCGAAAACCGAAAUUCGCAAAUUGCGGGGAUCUUUCUCUUUUACUCCAAUGAAGGCGUAAUUAGAGUGACAGAGAGAAAUGCCCGCAAUUUGCGAACUUCGAUUUUCGCGGUUAUAGCCCAGGACCUAGUAAUUAUUUAACUAAAUAACAUCUUUCCUUAAAUCUCGUAUAUAAUACCUACUUCUUUAUGACAAGUUUUGCCUUUUGUUUGAUAGAGUUAGACCAAGAAAAUUCUGCAGCGAUUUUGAUAGCCCACGCUUUCAUAGAAGUUUGACGUUUAAAAUAACAUUGGCACUGCGAGGGCUGGCAAAAUCGCUGCAGACUUUUCUUGGUCUAACUCUAUUUGUUUUAAGAGAUUUUAUUAAUAUGUAUGAAAUUUACUAUUAUGUUAAGUGUUUUGCACCAUUUAUAUUUAAAGUUAUAAAAACUUAUAAUAAUCUGUAAUAUUAUGGGACGCAAGUUGCAAUAUUAAAACUAAAAGUCUAAAGUUAACUGUUACCAAAUGAAUAUUAUUGUUUUGAAUUUUCUUUUGUAAAAUAAAAAUAAGUAAGUACAUGUGUUUAA